CAUAGUACCCUCAGUAAGUGUCGCGCUGCUGCCCCGGUGUGUAGUGCUCUUGAGGCCGCUCUCGCUCGCGUGCCUCCCGCUCUCGCGUGCCCAAGUGUUCAGCGUACACUUGAACAGGAGUGUAGCAAGUUGACCUUCUGACGGAGGGAGUGUUGAUGUGUGUGUGAGGUGUACAUUGCCUCACGCGCCUGCUCCUCUUCUACACUAUUACCGGCUCGCUCCAGGACGAUGAGGGCCUUGGCGUGUCUGGAGGUCUGGGUCCUCCUCCAGCUGCUCCUCCACACCUGCCUGACGGAGGGGACAGUGGGCGUGGUGACCAACAUGAAGAUCACUACCAACAUUGAACACCGCUACGCUGUGACUCGAGUGUCCACGAGGCUCACCAACCCGAGUGCCACCGCUGCGCCUCAACAGUUCCAGCUGGCGCUCCCACAGACGGCCCUCGUAUCCUCCUUCCUCAUGGAGGUGUCUGGCGCCAACUACACGGGCAUCAUCAGGAAGAAGGCGGCAUCCAGGCGGAUCUACGAGAUGGCCAAGAUGAGAGGCAAGACCACGGGACUGGUGGAGCAAAUGGAUGAUGGUGUUCAGAAGUUUGUGUCCAGUGUCAAUGUGGCAGCCUAUGGCGCGGUGACUCUUCAUAUCACCUAUGAAGAACUUGUACAGCGCGUCAACGGCAAUUACCUGUACUCCGUCCUUGUACACCCAGGCUAUAGAAUUCCGGUGGUAGAGAUUGAUGUCCACAUAAUGGAAAGAGAAGAGAUUGUUGAUUAUAGGAUUCUGGAACUGCCGGGCCAAGAAAUGUUAUCCCACAAUCCUGGAACACGCGUGCAGGGAGGCCCUAGGGGUCUAGGGGAGCUGCACCUUCACUACAGCCACGAGGACCCAGAGGGCGGCUCCGGAAGGGGAGUUGAUGGCACCUUCACCGUUGCCUACGAUGUGACCCAUCACUCUGACGGCGGGGAAGUGCAGCGCGUCGGCAACUACUUCACACACUACUUCUCCCCCGAGGGGCUGCCCAAACUGGCCACCCACACAGUCUUCCUCAUUGAUGUCUCCUUCUCCACCCACGACGGCCAGCUGGCAACACUGCAGGAAGCCUUGACAUCAGUACUCGAAGGAAUGAACGCAACAGACACCUUUGAGGUGUUGGCCUUCUCCUCAGACGUGGUCAACGUCGGGUCCUUCACGGGCGAGCCGCACCAGGUCAAGACAGCGAUCAGGAAGGUCAAGCGGCUGGUGUCUCUCGGGUAUUCCAAUCUCAAUGCUGCUCUUCUCCAGGCCAUCAGAACUGCCAACAGCUAUGAGGGUCACGCUGUUAAACAGAUAGUGGUGUUCACGGACGGGCUGGCCACCAGCGGCGUCACGGACCCUGACACCAUCAGGAGGAAUGUGCGGGAAGCCAACUCUCAACUCCAUCCCAUAUUUGCUUUGGUUUUUGGCAACGAUGACAUGAAGCUUCUUGAUCAUAUCAGCACAGACAGCACAGGCUUUGCUCACUACGUUCAGCUUGGGCCUCAGCUGGCGAGUGAUAUCAGGACGUUCUGUCAGCAGUUAUCCAAGCCGCUGUUAACACAACUGGAUAUAAGGUAUCCAGAGGCCAGUGUUGAUCCUAACACUGUGGCCAAGCCAAGAAUCUCCAGCUACUACUCUGGAGGGGAGGUGGUGUUAGCUGGCUUGCUGUACCCAGGAGCCGCUGAGGUUGAGCCAGUGGUGAAUGGCGUGGGGCUGGAUGGGCCGUACCAGUUCCAGGUGACCCGCAUUGACACCCGUCGACCGUUCCAUCCCUCAUUAACUAACAACUUUACAGCCAGACUGUGGGCGUACCUCUUUGUGCAGGACCUGCUGGCCAGAGCUGAGGCGUCGGAGAACUUCAAUCAUACCCGUGAGCUCCAUGCCCAGGCCUUACACAUAGCUCUGAGGUUCGGUUUUGUAACCAAACUAACGUCCUUGGUGGUGGUCUACCCAGAUGAUGAGUACAUCGUAGUCUCCCCUCAAGACCAGCGCCAUCACCACAGCAACGGCCAUCCCUCUAGCUAUUAUCAGUCGUCUAUUUCAAGUUAUCGACGAACUGGUAGAAGCAAUAUACGUGGUAAUAGACCUCAAGAACAGGUUGACAUGGACCCUUACUUCAUCGUGUACGCUCAAGGCCUGGACUUGCCGCUCUGCUUCAACUACCACGGUCAAAAUGGUGACAUCAUGAACCUCAUCAGAGACCCCCAGUCUGGUAUCAUUGUAAAUGGUCAGGUAACGUCAUCAGUUCAACAGCCGAAGAUGACUUACUUUACUUCGUUGUUCCUUCGUCUUGGAAACGUUAACCUGACAAUCACUCCUGAUCGCAUGGAGGUCGAUUGUCUGGGAGAAGAUGGAACGCCUCAGGUGAAUAGCAUCACUAAAUCCUUGUGGCCUUUCUAUAAAAAUAAUGGGAGGAGAUAUAAGCAUGGGCCAGACAAGAGGCUUCGCGCAAGUCCAUCCGUCAACCAGACUAAUCAGAAGAGACACUUCGGGCUAAAUCAGAUUGCUCCCGGGAACCUUGGCCACUACACACCCAGCACAGGUGUUAACCACCACAUACACGGAGGCAGUAAUCACUACACUUCCAGCAGCGGUAGGGAGCAAAAUAUCUUCAAAAAGCCUAGCAGUUACUUUUCCUAUGACAGAAUCAACAACAGAAAUAACCAAGUGCACGUCACAAGCUCCCGGACCCGGAGGCUGGGGGACGAGAACACCAAGUACUGCAACCAAAACUCCACCUGGGAGGAAGGAGUCGGGAGAAUAUACGGGAAUGUCAUGAUUGUUUUAAGUAAAAAGAGACAUCUGCACGUGACAAUGGGAGAUGGUUUGGCCCACUUUGCUGUAGUUCGUUCAAAGAACAAAAUUGGACAGCGAUUCCUUGGUUUCUACAUCAAGGACCAGCAAAUUUUAUCACACCAGACACAUGGAAUUAUUGGUCAGUUCAUCACUAAGAGUGUGAGAUUGAUCUCCCCAAACACUCUGGCAGUCAACAGAAACAACACCACGGAGAAUACGGUGAAAGUUGAAGUGAAGAGGCGGAACAAGAAGAACCAGCACAAGCUCUCUCUGGUGUCCGGGGUGUUGAACAAGCGGCGCUCCCUGCUGGAGAAAACCCACGUGGAGUGUAUCCACAUUCAAGGCAGAGGCAGAGGCCUCCUCGACGGUCAACCCAGGGACUAUCUGCUGGAGUGCCUCCGCUGCUGAGACUGCGAGACAAUGUCGGAUAGUAUUCUCGAGUUUCUUCUAUGAGAAGAGAGGAUGAUGAAGAGAAUUGCGUGUGGUUAUGAAGCUUUAACUCGACACUGGACAGUGUACUGUCCGCUGAGGGUCUGGUAGAGGAAAUAGCACAGAAUUUUUGGUAAUUAGAUACAAAUCAUUAGAGCUUUCUCGGCUGUCACAAUCAAGCUUCACUAUUUUAUAGAAGCUAGUUCUUUGUCAUGAGUUUUUUUUUUAAUUAAGCAUUUAAAUGUAAAUA